ACAGCGUCUAUGACCCGAGGCUGAAACCACUCAAGGUCUCCUAUGACGCGGCAUCCUGCCUGUACGUCUGGAACUCCGGCUACCUCUUCCAGGUGGAAUUUGACGAUAGCACCGAGGCGUCAGAAACUCCACGUGGCUGCCAGCACGCCCCGCCCUGCUUCCACGCUUCUGCCUCCUCCAGGCAAGACGGCCAACAACGUAAUGGUGCCCCAUGCUCACCUUCAUGCCCACUCCGCCAUCCACCUUCCUGACAUCAAGUGCCCUCGCCUGGGCCUUCCCCAGCUCCUGCUGUCACGGGAGGUCCACCCAACCGUGUCCUGGCUUCAUCAUGACAUGGUGCUUGCAUUUCAGCCUCUUAAGUCUGCAUAUGCCUGGAAAUUCUCACCACAGGGACCUCAGUGAGCAGGUACACUGCCCGCAGAUGUGCGCCCUGAGACGUGUGUGCAGGCCUUCCUGGAGCCCGGGGAGAAGGGCCCCAUGGGCAGCGGAGGCCAGCCUGAGCCUGCUCCUGCCUCUAAGGCACCAGGUGGCGGGGGCAGGGCGUGAGUGUCUUCUCUGCGCCAGGCCCUACGCAGCACAGCGCAAACACCCCGGCUCCAGCUCCGUCCUUCCUUCUGGGUCCCUCUGUCCUCUCAAAGGUGAGAAGGAGCCACGUUGCCCGUGUGCUCAGUGCCAUUCACAGCUGCUUCGUCCCGCUCCACCGCAACCCCACGGAAGCUUCCCGUGUGGGGCUCGCUGGGUGCCAGCAGCUGUCACCCCAACUCCAGCCAAUGUAAGCAAAGUGGAACUUAAUGGAAGAACACGACCAGCUCAGAGAAGAGAAGGGAAAGGUGGACAACCAGAUCCACGGAGGCACAGACCAGGCCGGCUUCGGAGACCAGCGGGUGGGAUUUCCACGUUCAUUUAUUUAUUUCCUUACCAAUGGGUUUUCUUCCCUUGCUGGUCCGUUCCAAGUUCCAAUUCCCAGGAAGUAACUAAGACUGACUUCUCAGGUUUGAUGUAUAGCAUCGAAACACGCUUCAUGCAGCCACUUCAAAAUAUUGAACAAAGAAUGACAGUUCCUGAACUUUCAGCUGUUUGGAUUAGCGGUUGUGUGAAUAUACUCAUCAUUCUGAGAACAGCAGUUGUCAGGGAUACCUAUGAGCGCUGUGGGAUUUGUACUCCUGCUGUAUAAUUUUUAUCUGUGGUGUGGGUCUCACUGGUGUUUUCAUAACAGAUUUGUUUUCCUCCAAGUCGUAAAGUAUAAAAACUUUGAAGAUUAUUUUGGACUUUUGUUUGUUAUUUUACAAAAUAAAUUCCCAAGACAAAGGGUUUGGUGGCUGAGCCUGGGCCAACACCCAGCCCUCGGUGUGGUGGGGCAUCAGACACCCGGCUAAUGUGGUCACCAAGACCUCACGCAGUGAGGAGCAGGGGACCCAGGGGAAUCCUGAUACUGCUCCUAGAAGGAGGAAGGUAUGUGGACGGACCCCCUUUAAAAGCACUGCCAGGCUGGACAGUGACUCACGCCUGUAAUCCCAGCACUUUGGGAGGCCGAAGCGGGUCCAUCACCUGAGGUCAGGAGUUCAAGACCAGCCUGGCUAACAUGGUGAAACCCUGUCUCCACUAAAAAUACAAAAACUAGCCGGGCAUAGUGGCACACACCUGUGGUCCCAGUUACUCAGGAGGCUGAGGCGGAAGAAUCACUUUAACCUGGGAGGCAGAGGUUGCAAUGGGCUGAGAUCGCACAGCUGCACUCUGGCCUGGGUGACAGAGCAAGACUGCGUCUCAAAAAAAAAAAAAUGGCCACUGAUGAAUAGCAGCAUAGCACAAGCCAGGAGCCACCGGAGAGAGUGUUGCAGGAUGCUUAUUUUCAGUAAGAAGAAAUGGAGGCUGAGAGAAGGGGCGACUGCCAAGGGUGAGUGACCCACUGCAGGAGCCGGCUUCCGUUCCGACAACUGCGGACUCUAAGCCAUCACCAGCUCACUUCUCGCCAAGGGCUUCACUUGCACAACUACAGUCUUCCUUCAACAGUUGUGGGAGGCACAAACCAGGCCCAUUUUACAGAUGUGAAAAUGAGGCUUGAGAAACUCCUUGGCCAGAGGCCAUAGAGGCCUCCCAAUGGGACUCCUUGCUCUGCAGAGGAAAAUCUGGGGAGUGGGCAUCCUUUAUAGAAAGAAUCUGUACCAAACAUCCACAGAAAUCCAGCAGGAGCCCACAGGAGCUGACCUCUACACAGAGGGAGCACCAGCACCCAGGGCGAGCGAGGCCAAGCUCACUGGACCCCAGGAGAGCCGGCAGCCGCCCCAAGGCCCCGAUGGGCCUCUGGCUCAAGCCCAGCAGAGGUUGUGUCCAGUGGGCCUUGAGGUCUGCACGGGAGGCCCGCCCCUCACCCCCCAGGGCAAGAACAAGAACAAGCCCUCGCCUCGGCCCUGUUGGCAGUGGAGCAGGGACAUCCCGUGCUUUGCGGGCACACUUGCGAUUUUUUGUUUAGCUAGUGGCAGUAUGUGUGCCUUGGAAUCUAGAUGCUUCUGUAUCCCCAAGGGAACUCAGGCUCAGGUUUUGGGCUGGAAAACAAGACCCCUGCAGAUGGUAAUUACCACCCAGGAUCACAGGUCAAAGCCUGCUUUUGAUCCGGUAUCUCAAGCUGUGUGCCUGCCUGUGCGGCACCCCCUGCUCCAGGAACAGCCGUGCAAUUUCUCUUGGGACCACCCCUUCCCCGCCGCACCUGGUCCUGCUGAGGAUAUUGUUCACAGCAGUGGAUAAAAGGCUAAUUUUAGUGGGGGGCUGACAGUUCUCACACAUCGGAGGGCAUCGACAUCCCCUGGAGAGUGUGUUAGAGCACAGACUCCUGUCACCCCGGCGGCUCACACCUGUAACCCUAGCACUGUGAUAAGCCAAGGCGGAAGGGUAACAAGACCUCAUCUCUACAAAAAAGUAAAAACAUUAGCUGCACGUGGUGGUGCACGCCUGUGGUCCCAGCUACUCGGGAGGCUGAGGCAGGAGGCUUGCUUUAAGCCCAGCAGGUUGAGGCUGCAGUGAGCUGUGAUUGCACCACUGCACUCCAGCCUGGGCAACACAGCGAGAGCCUGUCUCUAAAACAAAACCUGUGCUUCCUCCAGACCUUCUAAUUUGGCAGGUGCAAGGCUGAACCUAGAAUCUCAUGCCAGCGGACUCCCAGGUGCCGCUGACCCCGACAGUCCGUGGCUUUGCCCGGGCAUCUGCGGGCUCCACCUCCGUCCUCCCGCCUCGUGGAUCCAGCGACCGUUUUCCUUGGGAGCCCAUCCUCCGACUCCCAUUCCUGCGGUCCAGAGGCAGGCGUGGGUGGGGAGCUGGGCGUGGCCACGCGGAACAGCCCCGUCACUGGCUGCAGCGAUUGGGCCAGGCAUGGGCACGUGACUCAAGACCAACCAAUGAGAGCCAAGGAGUUUUUCCCAGGGCGCAUUUAAAGAGAUUGUUUCUACGGCUGGGCAAAGGUCAGCUGUGCCAGGCAGCAGGUGAGGACCCACCUGAGAAAGUGUCCACACGGGAGGGCAAUGCCCAGAGGGCGAGAAAUCAAGGAUCAAGCCAAUGUCAGGGGCCCUGAAUGUAGCUGUACCUGAAGCCAAGCCGACCCCUGUACUAACAAGCCUCUUUUUAAAAUCAGUCUAAGUUUCGAUCACCUGCUUCCAAGAAUCCUGAUACAAAAGCGGCCGGGCCGUGGCUCAUGCCUGUCAUCCCAACCCUUUGGGAGGCCGAGGUGGGUGGGCUGUCUGAGGUUAGGAGUUUGAGACCAGCCUGGCCAACAUGGUGAAAGCCCAUCUCUACUAAAAAGACAAAAAUUAGCUGGGCAUGGUGGUGCGCGCCUGUAGUCCCAGCUACUCGGGAGGCUGAGGCAGGAGAAUCGCUCGGACCCAGGAGGCGGAGGUUGAAGUGAGCUGAGAUCACACCUCUGCACACCAGCCUGGGUGACAAAGUGAGAGUUAGUCUCAAAAAUAUAUUAAAAAUAAAAUAAAAGUGACUAAGUUGGCCAGGCGCAGUAGCUCACGCCUGUAAUCCCAACGACUUUGGGAGGCUGAGGUGGGUGGAUCACCUGAGGUCAGGAGUUCGAGACCAGCCUGUCCAACAUGGUGAAACCCCCCUCUCUACUAAAAAUACAGAAAUUAGCAGGGCGUGGUGAUGCACGCCUGUAGUGCCAGCUACUGAGGAGGCUGAGGCAGGAGAAUCGCUCGAACCCAGGAGGCGGAGGUUGAAGUGAGCUGUGAUUGCACCACUGCCCUCCAGCCUGGGCAACAGAGCGAGACAUCGUCUCAGAAAACAAAACAAAACAGUGGCAAAACUGAGAGUGAGGAAAUGGAAGGGAGGGAGCAGGAGGAUCGCCAGUUUUAGUCCUUUUACUCUGUGCUCAAACCUAACUCGGCUGCAGGUGGGGUCUGUGCAGAUCCGGGUGAGGGGCAAGUUGGCUAUGACCUGUUUAACGUGAUCCAUGCAGACUGUGGCUCAGAGCUCCAUGCUCUGUGACUCAGUUGUCCUCAGGGAAGCUGGACCUGGUGCAGCUUUCGGAAGUGGUCCCAGCCCUCCUGAGUCCAUGGAUGGGGAGUGCCGGUACAGGCCUAGCAGCUGGCUUUCUGGGGCUGGAUGGAGGGUCAAGAGUUGUGAUGCGUGCUGUUCUCCACUUUCCACGGUGUAAAUACUCCCGCACGGCCGAGUUCACGAUUUCAAGUUGAGGUCACUGAUGGUGGAGUUGGGAAGAGAUUUGUACCAUUGGCUCCAGAGCUGGUGUGAGCCGCCGGCCACUGCCCCCUGCCCUCCUCCCUGUUGUCCCUGCAGCCUGGGAUUUCACUGCUGCUCUCCAAGUGAGGGAUUCUCUGGCUCCUUUAAGACUUCUGUGUGGCUGUACCUGGCAGAACCCCACCUCACACUGGCUUGAGCAAAGCAGAGGGUCAUUUGUUGGCUCUGAUCCUAAAGAGUCCGGGCUAUAGCCGGGUGCAGGGGUCGGACAACACUGCCAGGGGCCUGAGUGCUCCCCCACACUCUGCUUUCCCCAGGGGCCACUCAUGGGAGUUUCCUGAUGGGGUGAAGGCGGCCACCCGAGGCUGUGGCUCGGCCUCCAGAGGAGCAGCGUCGCCUCUUUCCUGGCAGUUCCAGCCACUGUCCCAGGGCUGAUUCUCACGGGCCGGGCUUUGGCCGCUUUUCUGGCCAGCCUGAGGGUGACCCCGCCUGGAACAAGGUGUGCUCGGGGAGCGGUGGGCAGUAUCCCACAGGGAAGCCCAGGAUGCUGCUCCCACAGUGAGGACGGGGCGCUCUUCUCACUGGGUGUGCACCCUGGCCGCGGACCCCGAGCUGACCUCGGCCCCUCCCUGACUCUCAGGUCCAAGGCUGCUGCAGCUGUCUGUCUCCCGGUGUCAGCCUCUGACCUUGUCCCAGCCCCACUUUUGGCUUCCCCCCAGGCUUCGAGUCUGCUCAAAGGAUCACGCCCCUCCCUGCCACAGACCAAAAGGAUUCCAUGUCUCUCCUGGGCCGUGGAAACGAGCUGGAUCGUUCCUCCUGUGGCUGCCUCGUUCCUCCUGUGGCUGCCGUCCACACCGGCCAAUCUGGUUCCACUUUGUCAUUUUCUCGGAAUCCCAGCUUCCUCUUUCUUUUUCUCCUACUCAACCUCACGUGCUCCCCGUUCCCUCCCAUCUCUGCAGCCUGUUUUUCCAGGUUCUGGGUCCUCUCCUUCGCAAAUUUUCUGUCCCCUUUGUUCACCAGCUUUGGGAAUCAGGAGCCUGGGGGCGGGGGGCAGAGGGAAUGGGACCUGCAGAUGAAGGAUGGGUAGGGCUAGAGGAGGGUUUUCAGAGGGAAACGGAGAGGAAUGAGACAAAGAGACAGCAAAGCCCUGGAUGGAAGGAGGGCAGUGCCGUGAGAGGAAGGGAAGGGAGCAGAGGAGGCUCGAGGUGCGGAGAACAGCACAGACAGGCUCCUGAGGCUCGGGCCACACCAGGUCAGCACCAGAAGCAAAGGGAAACAAACGGAGAGGCCAAGGAAAUUUCCGUCCACGCAGAUGCUGCCAGCGGUUUUCCUAGAAGCCAAGGGUGCCAGCACUCACCAGCCAGGGACAGUGAGUAACAGAGGGGGCGGCAGGGGCUCUUUCCAGGGAAUGUCCAUGGCCUUGAAGGCCAAGAGGGACAGGGUGCAGGGAGGAGUAAAGCCAGGGGAGGAGGGAAGGAGGAGAGGAGAGGUGCAAGUCACAAAGGAAAACGGCAGCCGGAUCCAAGAACUGCCACACGGCGCCCGUCCCACCUCGAGGGCCCCCUCGGAGCCACGCCGAACCCAUCCCACCUCGAGGGCCACCGCAGACGGCUCAGCUCAUUCCCUAAAGGUGCGGGGGAGGGGGGCCAGCUCACUGGGCAGGGCCAUGUGAAGAGGUUGCCACUGUGCUGGGAGAAUUGAGCAUUCAGUAGACAAUAGCUUCCUUCAACAUAAAAUAUAAACGAGGCCCAAGAGCCAGAGUCCAACGGUGCCUUCACCAUCAUGGAAUCGGCUCCCUGUGCAGCACAGGUAUACAGCAGGAGCUCAAUGAAUGCUUUGCUCCUGGAGGGAAGGAAUGAUCUGAAAGCUUGUGGACCUCACUUCUGUCACUUGGAGAAACAAACUCCAGCAACAUAAGUCAAAGGAGAGGUGACCGGGAGGGAACCACAGCGGCAAGAACCCUUAGUCCUGGGUUGGGGGCUGCCUGCUGGGGCUGUCCCCAUAAAGGGAGGAGGCUCGAGGGACCUCUUGGCUCCCCUAGUGGGGCAUGAAUUGGCAGCUGCAAGAUGAGAGACAGGGGAAGAGCAAAUUCCUUGGAGGGGAAUUCUGGCCCUGCCAGGGCGGAAACUGGCUGUGUGGUCCAAGGAUGACCCCCGGCCUGAGAUGAAAGGACAUGACCAUCACGCUUAUAUCCUGGGAAAGUUGUCACUGCAAAUUCAUGAACUGGCAGUCCGGUUCCUAAACCUGCAUGUGUGUCCCUGUGUGUGUUCGUGUGUGUACAUGUAUGUGUUCAUGUGUUUGUGUGUGCACAUGCAUGUACGUGUGUGCAUUGUUCAUGUGCAUGUGUGCAUGUGUGUGCACAUGUGUGUGGUGGUGUGUGCACGUGUGUGUUCAUGUGCAUUCGUGUGUGUGCUCGUGUGCUCGUGUACAUGUGUGUUCGUGUGUUUACGUGUGUGCGUGUGUGCAUGUUCGUGUAUGUAUGGAUGUAUGUGUGUUCACGGGUGUAUGUGUGUCGUGAUCGUGUGUGUAUGUGUGUUCAUGUGUGUGUGUGCAUGCAUGUGUCAUGACUUGUGUUCAUGUGUGCGCAUGUGUUCAUGUGUGCAUAUGUGCGUGUGUGCACAUGUGCGUGUGUGUGUGCGUGCCUGUGUCGUGUGUCGUGUGCUCAUGUGUGUACACUUAUUCAUGUGUACACAUGUGCGUGCCUGUAUGCAGGUGUGUGCAUACAUGUGUGUGUUCCUGUGUGCAUGCAUGAGCACGUGUGUCAUGUCCCGUGUGUGCAUGUGUCUGUGUGCACAUGUGUCAUGUGAGUUUGUGUGUGUGCACGUGUAUACGUGUGUGCGUCUGUUCGUCUACGUUUGUUCUUGUGUGUACGUGUGUGCAUGUGCACAUAUGUGCAGGUGUGCAUGUGUGAACGUGUGUGCACGUGUGUCGUGUGCGUGAGUGUUCAUGUGUGUCAUGUGUGCACACGUGUGUUUCCAUCUCCUUUCCAUAUGUAGCUCCUGUUCUUUCCCUCGGGCCUGGGUGUGGAUAUUUUGGGGGGAGUUUGGUAGACGUCAGUGUCCCCUGUGUCUCUACAGAUGUUUUCUCCGCUUUUCUGGUCUUCGAGACUGAAACAUGAAAAUGUAUGAAACAGCUUCCAACGUUUACCAGCUAGAGAUUCGGCCGCUGGGGAGCAACUGCUCCUGUUCUUGCUCGAUUCCAAUUCCAAAUUCCCAGGGCAGUGACUCUGAUUGGCCCAGCCCUGCACGCAUUAGGAGCGGGGCUGAGGAAGGGGCUCUGAUUGGCCCAGCAUGGUUUCAGUGCCCAUUCCUAUCCAAUCAACCAUGGCCAGAAGUGGGAUCACAUUGGACAAAAUGUCAGGGGGUAGAGCAAGUGUUGUCAUCAUUCGGAUCCAAAAGACCAUUUCUUUUCUUUUCUUUUGAGACAGAGUCGCACUCUGUUGCCCAGGCUGCAGUGCAAUGGUGCCAUCUUGGCUCACUGCCACUUCUGCUUCCUGCGUUCAAGCCGUUCCCGCCUCAGCCUCCCAAGUAGCUGGGACUACAGGCACGCGCCACCACGCCCAGCUAAUGUUUGUACUUUUAGUACAGAUAGGGUUUCACCAUGUUGGCCAAAAUGGUCUUCAUCUCUUGACCUCAUGAUUCACCUGACUCAGCCUCCCAAAGUGCUGGGAUUACAGGUGUGAGCCACCUCGCCCAGCCCCAAAAGACCAUUUCUAACCACCCGACUUCAUGCACAGCGACCCCUGUGUGCUGCGUGGUCUUUUGCAGGAACAAAGGAUUGAUGGAGAAGGGAAACCCUUGCUCCCAUGGAGCUUGUGCUCUGGUGGGAUAAGAUCACAAGUAAACAUUAAUUAAUAGAUACUUCUCUCCACAAGUUUGUGGAACAGUAAACAAAUCCGCAUCUAAGAAGACGGUUUGGGACAGUGAUAAGUGGUCUGGUGAAAAUGAAAGCAGACGUUGGACCGUAGCUGACUCCGCCGAGGGAGAUUGUGAGCGUUACGCGGCACGGUCAGAAAAGACCUGGACCCGAGCCCUAACUGGUAAGAAAGUGCCAGACCCGUGACGGCAGGGAGAAGCGUUCCAGCAUCACUGUUUUAAAACAUGAGCAUCCUAAACAUUACACGAGCCGUACUUAUGCUAAGUAUUUGGGAUCUACACCAAAAAUGUGUUGCUCUCUUUGCAAUUCAAACUUAACUGGGAGUCCUGUGUUUUCUCUGAGAACUCUUCUCUAAUUGUGAAGCUGCAAGUUCAAGGGCCUGGGCAGGAACAUGCCUGGCAGUUUCAGGGAGCAGGCAGAGCUGCUGAACGUCGGGGAGUGUGGAGGGAGUGGAGAUGGGACCGUGCCUCUGGGAACGUGGAGAGGGCUUAUUCCAGCAGGGCAGGCUUUGUGGUCGUAUUCACAGGCCAGGGACGUCUCUUUUUUUUUUUUUUUUUUUUUUUUGAGAUGAGGCCUCGCUCAGUUGCCCAGGCUGGAACUCAGUGGUACAAUCUCGGCUCACUGCACCCUCCACUCCCCGGGUUCAAACGAUUCUCCUGCCUCAGCCUCCCAAGUAGCUGGGAUUUCAGGCAUCCACCACCACACCCAGCUAAUUUUUGUAUUUUUAGUAGAGACUGGGUUUUGCCAUGUGUGCCAUGCUAGUCUCUAACUCCGGACCUCAGGUGAUCAAUCCACCUGCCUCUGCCUCCCAAAGUGCUGGGAUUACAGGCAUGAGCCACUGCGCCCAGCCCAGGGAUGUAAUUUAACAAGUAACCGAUACGGUUUGGCUGUGUCCCCAGCAUAUCCCAUUUUGAAUUGUAGCUCCCAUAAUUCCCACGUUUUCUGGGAGGGACCCAGUGGGAGGUAAUUGAAUCAUGGGGGUGGUUUCCCCCAUACUGUUGUCAUGGUAGUAAGUCUCACGAGAGCUUGUUUGUUUUUUGAGACGGAGUCUCGCUCUGUCACCCAGGCUGCAGUGUGGUGGUGUGAUCUCAGCUCACUGUAACCUCCACCUCCCAGGUUCCAGCAAUUCUUCUGCCUCAGCCUCCUGAGUAGCUGGGAUUACAGGUGUGCACCACCAUGCCCAGCUAAUUUUUCUAUUUUUAGUAGAGACGGGGUUUCAACAUGUUGACCAGGCUGGUCUCAAAUGCCCAACCUCAAGCUGUACCACCCACCAUGUCCUCACGAAGUGCUGGGAUUACAGGUGUGAGCCGCCAUGGCAGGCCAAUCUGAUGGUUUUAUAAGGGGAAGCCCCUUUUGCUUAGUUCUCCCUCUGUCUGCUGCCAUGCAACUCAUGCCUUUCGCCUUCUGCCAUGAUUGUGAGGCCUCCCCAGCCACGUGGAACUGUGAGUCUAUUAAACCUCUUUUUCUUUGUAAAUUA